AAACGUUCUCUCCUGGUGGAAUCUGGAUAAUUUCCCUGGGGAAGUGCAGCAAGAAAAGGGCUCUGCAAACAGAUCCCUGCAGAUAAGUUGGCAUUUGAAAGAGAAAGGGACACUGACCUCCUUUGAAGGGAGGACCGAGGAGACUGCCCCACCCAACCUCUGGUCAGGAGGCCACUGGAGCCCAGGGGAACCCAAAUGCCCCUGCUUGACUGAUACCCUCUGCUCCUCCUCUGCAGACGACCAGAGCCAGGCCGAGGAGAAGGGACUGCUCUGUCAGAACCCCGCCUGCAUGGACAAGGGGCGGGCAGCCAAGGUAUGCCACCACACAGACUGCCAGCAGCUGCACCGCCGGGGGCCUCUCAACCUCUGCGAGGCCUGUGACAGCAAGUUCCAUAACACCAUGCAUUAUGACGGACACGUGCGCUUUGACCUGCCUCCGCAAGGCUCUGUCCUUGCCCGGAAUGUGUCCACCCGGUCAUGUCCCCCACGCACCUGCCCCGCAGUGGAUUUGGAGGAGGAGGAGGAGGACAGCUCUAUGGACAGCAAAGGUGAUAGGAAGAGCACAGGCCUGAAACUCUCCAAGAAGAAAGCAAGGAGGAGACACACAGAUGACCCAAGCAAGGAGUGCUUCACCCUGAAAUUUGACCUGAAUGUGGACAUCGAGACGGAGAUUGUGCCAGCCAUGAAGAAGAAGUCACUGGGGGAGGUGUUGUUGCCAGUGUUUGAAAGGAAGGGCAUUGCUCUGGGCAAAGUGGAUAUCUACCUGGACCAGUCCAACACGCCCUUGUCCCUCACCUUCGAGGCCUACAGGUUCGGAGGACACUACCUGCGGGUCAAAGCCAAGCCGGGGGACGAGGGCAAAGUGGAGCAGGGCGUGAAAGACUCCAAGUCCCUGAGUUUGCCAAUCCUGCGGCCAUCUGGGGCUGGGCUCCCCAUCCUGGAGCGUGUGGACCCCCAGAGUCGCCGGGAGAGCCUCGACAUCUUGGCCCCAGGCCGUCGUCGCAAAAACAUGUCGGAGUUCCUGGGGGAAGCCAGCAUCCCUGGCCAGGACCCCCCCUUGGCCUCCAGCAGCUCUCUGCCCAGUGGCAGCAGUGGCAGCACCAGCAGCGGCGGGAAGAACCGGGCAGCCAGUCGUUUCAGUGGCUUCUUCAGCUCGGGUCCCAGCACCAGCGCCUUUGGCCGGGAGGUGGACAAGAUGGAGCAGCUGGAGGGCAAACUGCAUGCCUACAGCCUCUUCGGGCUGCCCCGGCUGCCUAGGAGGCUGCGCUUUGAUCAUGACUCCUGGGAGGAGGAGGAGGAGGAGGAGGAAGAGGAUGAUAACAGUACUUGUCUGAGGCUGGAGGAUAGCUGGCGGGAGCUCAUUGAUGGACAUGAGAAGCUGACCCGGCGGCAGUGCCACCAGCAGGAGGCGGUAUGGGAGCUGUUGCACACCGAGGCCUCUUACAUCAGGAAACUGCGGGUGAUCACCAAUCUGUUCCUGUGCUGCCUUCUGAACCUGCAGGAGUCGGGGCUGCUGUGUGAGGUGGAGGCCGAGCGCCUGUUCAGCAACAUCCCAGAGAUCGCGCGGCUGCACCGCGGCCUGUGGGGCAGCGUGAUGGCGCCGGUGCUGGAGAAGGCGCGGCGCACGCGGGUGCUGCUGCAGCCCGGGGACUUCCUCAAAGGCUUCAAGAUGUUCGGCUCUCUCUUCAAGCCAUACAUCCGGUACUGCAUGGAGGAGGAAGGCUGCAUGGAGUACAUGCGCAGCCUGCUGCGCGACAACGAGCUCUUCCGGGCCUAUGUCACGUGGGCCGAAAAGCACCAGCAGUGCCAGCGGCUAAAGUUGAGCGACAUGCUGGCCAAGCCCCACCAGCGACUCACCAAGUACCCGCUGCUGCUCAAGUCCAUACUGAGGAAGACAGAUGAGCCACAUGCCAAGGAAGCUGUCAUCACCAUGAUUAACUCGGUGGAGCGCUUCAUCCACCACGUGAAGCCAUGCGUGCGGCAGCGACAGGAGCGACAGCGGCUGGCCGCAGUGGUGAGCCGCAUCGAUGCCUAUGAGGUGGUGGAGGGCAGCACUGACGAAGUAGACAAGCUCCUGAAGGAAUUUCUGCACCUGGACCUGACAGCGCCUAUCCCUGGUGCCUCCCCUGAGGAGACACGACAGCUGCUGCUGGAGGGGAGCCUGAGGAUGAAGGAGGGGAAGGACAGCAAGAUGGACGUGUACUGCUUCCUCUUCACGGAUCUGCUCUUGGUGACCAAGGCAGUGAAGAAGGCCGAGAGGACCAAGGUCAUCAGGCCACCACUGCUGGUGGACAAGAUCGUGUGCCGGGAGCUACGGGACCCUGGCUCCUUCCUCCUCAUCUACCUGAAUGAGUUCCACAGUGCCGUGGGGGCCUACACGUUUCAGGCCAGCGGCCAGGCCUUGUGCCGUGGCUGGGUGGAUGCCAUUUACAAUGCCCAGAACCAGCUACAGCAGCUGCGUGUGCAGGAACACCCGGGCAGCCAGCAGCACCUGCAGAGCCUAGAAGAGGAGGAGGAGGAGCAGGAGGAGGAAGAGGAGGAAGAAGGCGAGGGAAGUAGCACUUCUGCUGCCAGCUCCCCCACCAUCCUGCGUAAGAGCAGCAACAGCCUCAACUCCCAGCACUGUGCCUCAGAUGGCUCCACGGAGACUCUGGCCAUGGUUGUGGUGGAGCCUGGGGAGACUCUGUCCUCCCCCGACUUCGACGGCGGCCCCUUCAGCUCCCAGUCAGACAAGACCUCUCUGAGCACCACUGCCUCAUCCAUCACGCCCACCAGUGAGCUGCUGCCCCUGGGUCCAGUGGACGGCCGCUCCUGCUCCAUGGACUCCGCCUACGGCACUCUCUCCCCAACCUCCCUGCAAGACUUUGUAGGCCCAGCCCCUGUGAUGGAGCCAAUGCCUGGACCCCCAGAGUUACCACAAGUCUCUUCUCCACCUCCCUCACCCCGCCUUCGCCGCCGCACCCCUGUCCAGCUGCUGCCCCGCCUGCCCCACCUACUCAAGUCCAAAUCUGAAGCCAGUCUCCUCCAGCUGCUGUCAGGGGAUUCCACCCGUGGAGCACUGUCAGGCCCCAGUCGUAGCCUGUCGGAGCUCUGUCUGGCCGCUACGGCGUCAGGCGCUAGGACUCGGGGCUCUCCUCAGGGAGGUGGGCCUGGCUGGGACUGCCAUGGGGCACUUAGCCCUGGCAAUGGCCCUGAGCUGUCAGAACGACAGGAGAGAGCCAACAGCCUGGCUGGGGAGCCUGCAGGCCCCACCAGCAGGAGGUGCAGAGAGCUGCCCUCAGGGGCUUCUUCUAGGGCCCAGCUCGAGCCACCCCCAGGAACCUCUGCUCAACACAGGAAGCUGACCCUGGCCCAGCUCUACCGAAUCAGGACCACCCUGCUGCUUAACUCCACGCUCACUGCCUCGUGA